AGCGCAUGCGCGGUACUAUACACGUGAAGCAGGCGGCAUGGCUGAAAAAACAGAACUUUUGUUGAACCGAUCGCAGGUAAAGAAGGCCGUCCAAGCCUUGCAGGCUUUCUUAAAAACCAAGGGUACUGGCGAGUCUCUGUUUUUGGGUGAGACUCAGAAGAUAAGCAUUCUCUUUACCCUGUGGAAGAUUCCUAAAGAACCGCAGACCAUCCGCAUUCCCCUACCCCAUGGCCAGCGGUCGGAUACAGAUGAGAUUUGCCUCUUCACUAGAGAUGAGCCCAGCAUGACCUCAGAGCAGACCCAGAGGUUUUAUAAGAAGCUGUUGCAGGAGAGGGGAGUCAGAAACAUAGAGAUCAUACCAUACAAGGUUCUGAAGACGGAGUACAAACCGUAUCAGGCCAAGCGCCGCCUGCUGGAAAACUUUGACCUGUUCAUUUCUGAUGACCGCGUCCGCCGCCUGCUGCCGACACACCUGGGAAAACAUUUCUACCUGAGUAAAAAAGAGCCACUGUGUGUUAACCUGACGAGCAAGCAUUUGGCCAGGGACAUCGAGAGAAUCAUCCAGGGUACCAGCCUGAAAGUUACCAACAAGGGCUGCUGCUGUAUGGCACACGUUGCCCACUCGGGCAUGACUGCAGACGAGGUGGUGGAAAACAUCGAGGCUGCUGUGCAGACAGUGGUGGCCAAUCUUCGUAUGAAAGGACCUGUGAUUAAACUCAUCCACAUAAAGAGUCAAUCAUCAGUGGCCCUGCCUAUCUACAACUCAGACCUGGGCAGUCUUCGUGUGCUGGAUGUUGAAUAUGCCCAGCCACCCAAAGGCAAGGAAGCUGCAGCCAAAAAGCAGAAAAAGAAAACCAAGACAAAGCAAGCAGAUACUGCUGCAGAGGGCAAAGGAAAGGAGAAGAAGGUAAAAGAAAAUAAAGCAGCAGAUGAAGAGGAGGAGGAAAUUCCACAGCUGGUUCCCAUAGAAACGCCUAUCAAAAAGCCUAAACUGGAGAAGCCAUCCAAAAAGAAGAAGCUGGAGAAAGCAGCCACACCUGCAGCAGUGAAGAAGGGAACAAAAGCUCAGCGCAAACGAGCCAAGACAGACUCCAAAGUAAAAAGAAAGGUGCCUAAAGUGAAAUGAUCCUCAGUAGGUUAUCUCUGCAUUCCUCAGCAUGGACAUUGAAUAAAGUUCAAAUUCUUUACA